AUGAAGCAGACGAAAGAAGCCGAAAAUGGCGAGACCACAAAUAUUGCUAAUAUUCUCAAUCAAAUUAAUAUAAUCGAUAUGUAUUUGACAUCGAGAAUAAAACUUCAGCUGACUUUGUUCCUUCUAAAGUUCAUGCCGAUUUUAACAAAACAAAAAACAAAAUCGUUGUGGGCUCGCCAGUUCUUCAUUCAUUACCGCUUUGCUCUUGGCACUUUGCAAACUGAAAUUACGAUUUUAUUAUUAAAUAUUUAA